AUGUUCACCCCCUUCCCCUCGCUGUCCCCCAUCCCCCUGCCGCCGCCGCCGCCCAGACCGGAGAGGGCUGGGAUAGAAAAGGAAAAAUCAAGCGGGGCUGAGCUCGCCGUGCGGAAGGAGCCGGGAAGGCGAGCCGCGCCAGCCGGGGAGUUGCCGCUCGCUCGGGCGGCCCGCGGCGCGGCGGCGGCGGCGGCGGCCGGUGGGGGCGGAGGGCGCCGGGCAGAGGCUGGGCGCGGGAGGCGAGGCGGGGCGCUCGGGGGCGCCGGUUCCGGCGCGCACACCCGCCCGCGGCCACCCCACCUCGCGCUCCGCCUCCUCCCGCGCUCCGCGCACCCGCGGGCUGGAGCGAACGCCGCCGCCGCCGCUGCCUCCUCUUCCUGGGCGCUCGCGGUUCUCGAGAGAACUGAGCCAAGUUCCUCCUUGGCGAGGCCACCAGAUGGACACCCAGACCUUUCUCCACCUUCAAGUCAAGCCCUGACGUACACUGGGAUGCGCUACCAUCUAGGAUUCUCUACACUUUGACUUCCCACCUCUCCGCGGACCUUACCUUGUGCUAAGUGGUUUUUUCCGAGGUGCUAGAUGUUGGGCGGGAUGACGCCAUCGCCCAAGACCUGUGCUGGUCCUCUGCUGUCCUCCGGGCAUCUCAAGUACUUCUCAAGUACACUAGGAGAAGGAAGAGGACUCCCAGAUCCCCAAACCUUUAUCGCCAACUCCUGACCAGUUUCCAAGACUCAGCUCCACAUUUCGAGGGACCUGCAGGACCUUGCGCCUCGCCUCCAGCCUUUCCAGUGUCGUAUAAGUACUUCCUGCAGGUUACUCUUCCCCGACUGCACCCUGACAUAACACUUCCCUGUUCAUGAACGUUCCCUAGCGUCCCCAUUCCCUACUAAACAGUGUCUGCUGAUUUCUGUGCACUGCACGCCAGUCUCUCCUGGGAUGCUCCUCUCCCAGUCUUAGGUCUAAACCAUUCCAGCACUUCAAGGCCCACUUCAAACUUGGCCUCCUCCGUGACCCCUCCCUUUUGUCGUACGUACGUAGUACGUGGUCAGAGCUACCUUUUAAAAGACUUACCGCCUUCCGCGCCCUACUGAAUACAUGUGCUUUCUAUGUACAAGCCUUCCACUUUAAAUGUUUCUCCAGGGUGGAUUCCAUAUCACUUUGUUUGCAUUUUUUCCCCUAUAACCCAAAUCCAAGCACUAUGAGAUACCUAUUCAUCCAACAAAUAUUAUUUUGCAACUUUUGUCAGGCACUCGGUAUUUGUUAAAUGAAUGGAAUUUACAAAAUAUUUCGUCUAGAAAGACUGCUUAAGAUUCAUUUUUAGGGGGCAGGGUAUAGCUCA